AUCGGCAGCCAUCUUCUUGGGGGUGCUGGGAGCCGGGAAGACCCCCCGAAUCGUUCCCAUUGAGCUGCCCUUCGUUUUCGCCUUCUUCACUUUUGCCUGUUCUGCGUUGCCAACACCACCUGGUUCCGAGGCUGAGAGAAAGCUCGGAUCUGGGCGCGUGUCGACCUCCCGGUCCAAGAAGAUUUGCUUGGGUGGAGGGAAAGGGGAGGGCUCGGGCAAACCGUUGCUGCCUCAGCCCGGGCCGGGGUCCGGGGACGGGGAGCUCCUGGCACCCCGUGGAUUCGCGGCCUGCGACGGUACCCGCAGAGCUGUUCGCCGAUCCGGGCUCGCGGGAACCUGCCACCUGCGCCUCCCACCGCGGCCCACGCGGGCGGCGCGCGGAGGAGGGGGCGGGGGCAGCGGCGGCUGUAGCGGCCGAGACCUGGGCGGGCGGAGGAGUGUGACGGGCCUCGGGGCCGCUGUGGAUGGUUUCUAAAAUGAUCAUUGAAAACUUCGAGGCACUCAAGUCCUGGCUCAGCAAGACUCUCGAGCCCAUCUGUGAUGCAGAUCCAUCAGCCCUAGCAAAAUAUGUUCUCGCUUUGGUAAAGAAAGAUAAAAGUGAAAAAGAGUUAAAGGCAUUAUGUAUUGAUCAACUGGAUGUAUUUCUUCAAAAAGAGACACAGAUAUUUGUGGAAAAACUUUUUGAUGCUGUGAAUACAAAGAGUUAUCUACCUCCUCCAGAGCAGCCAUCAUCAGGAAGCUUAAAGGUAGAAUUUUUUCAGCACCAAGAAAAAGAUAUAAAAAAAGAAGAGAUCACAAAGGAGGAAGAGCGAGAGAAGAAGUUUUCCAGAAGGCUAAAUCAUAGUCCUCCCCAGUCAAGUUCCCGAUACAGAGAAAAUAGAAGUCGUGAUGAGAGGAAAAAAGAUGAUCGUUCUCGCAAAAGAGAUUAUGAUCGAAACCCUCCUCGAAGAGAUUCAUACAGAGAUCGGUACAAUAGAAGACGAGGCCGAAGUCGCAGUUACAGCAGGAGUCGGAGUCGAAGUUGGAGUAAAGAGAGACUUCGUGACAGGGAUAGGGAUAGAAGUAGGACUAGAAGCAGAAGCAGAACACGAAGCCGGGAAAGGGAUCUAGUAAAACCUAAAUACGACCUGGAUAGAACAGAUCCACUAGAAAACAAUUAUACUCCAGUCUCUUCGGUACCCAAUAUAUCAUCUGGUCACUACCCUGUACCUACGUUGAGCAGCACUAUUACAGUAAUUGCUCCUACUCAUCAUGGUAAUAACACUACCGAAAGUUGGUCUGAAUUUCAUGAAGACCAAGUGGACCAUAACUCAUAUGUAAGACCACCCAUGCCAAAGAAACGGUGUAGAGACUAUGAUGAAAAAGGUUUCUGUAUGAGAGGAGACAUGUGCCCUUUUGACCACGGAAGUGACCCCGUAGUUGUAGAAGAUGUGAAUCUUCCUGGCAUGCUGCCUUUCCCAGCACAGCCUCCAGUUGUUGAAGGACCGCCUCCUCCUGGACUUCCCCCACCUCCACCAAUUCUUACACCCCCACCUGUGAAUCUGAGACCCCCAGUGCCACCACCAGGCCCAUUACCACCCAGCCUUCCACCUGUCACAGAUGAUAUUUCUUAUUCUUUGGUUUUGACAGGACCACCACCUCCACUUCCUCCUUUGCAGCCAUCUGGCAUGGAUGCUCCCCCAAACUCUGCAACCAGUUCUGUUCCUACCGUAGUAACAACUGGCAUCCAUCACCAGCCUCCUCCUGCUCCACCCUCUCUUUUUACUGCAGUUUUUGUAUUACCAGAUACAUAUGACACAGACGGCUACAAUCCUGAAGCCCCCAGCAUAACAAACACUUCCAGACCUAUGUAUAGACACAGAGUGCACGCACAGAGGCCUAACUUGAUAGGACUGACAUCAGGGGAUAUGGAUUUGCCACCCAGAGAAAAGCCUCCUAAUAAAAGCAGUAUGAGGAUAGUAGUGGAUUCUGAAUCAAGGAAAAGAACCAUUGGUUCCGGGGAGCCUGGAGCUCCUACAAAGAAGACCUGGUUUGAUAAGCCAAAUUUUAAUAGAACAAACAGCCCAGGCUUCCAGAAAAAGGUUCAGUUUGGAAAUGAAAAUACCAAACUUGAACUUAGAAAAGUUCCUCCAGAAUUAAAUAAUAUCAGCAAACUUAAUGAACAUUUUAGUCGAUUUGGAACCUUGGUUAACUUACAGGUUGCUUAUAAUGGGGAUCCUGAAGGCGCCCUUAUCCAAUUUGCAACAUAUGAAGAAGCAAAGAAAGCAAUAUCAAGUACAGAAGCAGUGCUAAACAAUCGCUUUAUUAAGGUUUAUUGGCACAGAGAAGGAAGUACCCAGCAGUUACAAACUACUUCUCCAAAGGUAAUGCAGCCCUUAGUCCAGCAACCCAUUUUGCCUGUUGUGAAGCAGUCAGUCAAAGAGCGGUUGGGUCCAGUACCUUCAAGUACUAUUGAACCGGCAGAAGCCCAAAGUGCCAGUUCAGACCUUCCUCAGAAUGUAACUAAAUUAUCUGUGAAGGACAGGUUGGGUUUUGUAUCAAAGCCAUCUGUUUCAGCAACUGAAAAGGUGUUGUCUACAUCUACUGGCCUAACUAAAACAGUAUAUAAUCCAGCUGCUUUGAAGGCUGCACAGAAAACCUUACUUGUUUCCACCUCUGCAGUUGAUAAUAAUGAAGCACAGAAAAAAAAACAGGAGGCACUGAAACUUCAGCAGGAUGUAAGGAAAAGGAAACAAGAAAUUUUAGAAAAGCACAUUGAAACACAGAAGAUGUUAAUUUCAAAACUAGAGAAAAACAAAGCAAUGAAGUCUGAAGAUAAAGCAGAAAUAAUGAAAACUUUAGAAGUUUUGACAAAAAAUAUUACCAAGUUGAAAGAUGAGGUCAAAGCUGCUUCUCCUGGACGUUGUCUUCCAAAGAGUAUAAAAACCAAGACUCAGAUGCAGAAAGAAUUGCUUGAUACGGAACUGGAUUUAUAUAAGAAGAUGCAAGCUGGAGAAGAAGUCACUGAACUUAGGAGAAAGUAUACAGAAUUACAGCUGGAAGCUGCGAAACGAGGGAUUCUUUCAUCUGGUCGGGGUAGAGGAAUUCACUCAAGAGGUCGAGGUGCAGCUCACGGCCGAGGCAGGGGUCGAGGUCGAGGUCGAGGUGUGCCUGGUCAUGCUGUGGUGGAUCAUCGUCCCAGGGCACUGGAAAUUUCUGCAUUUACAGAGAGUGAUAGAGAAGAUCUUCUUCCUCAUUUUGCGCAAUAUGGUGAAAUUGAAGAUUGUCAGAUUGAUGACUCUUCACUUCAUGCAGUAAUUACAUUCAAGACAAGAGCAGAAGCUGAAGCAGCUGCAGUUCAUGGAGCUCGUUUCAAAGGGCAGGAUCUAAAACUGGCAUGGAAUAAACCAAUAACUAAUAUUUCAGCUGUUGAAACAGAAGAAGUUGAACCUGAUGAAGAGGAAUUUCAGGAAGAGUCUUUGGUGGAUGACUCAUUACUUCAAGAUGAUGAUGAAGAAGAAGAGGACAAUGAAUCUCGUUCUUGGAGAAGAUGAUUUGACUGAUCAUUGAUCUGCAUAUGCUAGAACUCUACCUGUGUUUCAUUAGUAUUAUCUAAUGUACUUUUACAUAUUUGUAAAAACAAUUUUUUGGUAAAAUGUGAUGAAGAUGGAUUUCACAAAUAGACAAAAGAGAAGAAAACUACCUUCUGAUCCUGUAUUUUGAAAGAUUGAUGUUUGCAUUUUAUUUCAGUAAACAAUUGCUAAAGACAUCACACUAGAAACAUAUGCAAUGUUUUUAUUACAUACUUCUACUGAACAUUACAGAAUUCUUUGGGUUCUUUGUAAUUUAAUGAAUAGGUCUAAAAACUUAUGACCAAUACUUGUUAUAACUUAGAGGAUUUUGUUUUACUCCAAAUAAGGAAUGAAUUUGCAUUUAAAAUCUUAAUGAAUGUUUUCAAAAAUGAAUAGAUAACAUAGUACUCUAACUAAAGUCUCCAAGUUAUGUAUUCAUAAUAUUACAUAGUAGUAUGCUUAGGCUUUACUAUGUAUUAGCCUUUUGUUGGACUUGUGUAUGUAUUUUACCAUAUGGGUUUUAAUGAUAACGGUGUAUGACUGCUUUGCAUAUGAGUCCUUAUACAUUCAGAUGUUAAAAAUAAAGCGGAAUGGUCUCUUGAAAAGAACAGAAAAGAGAAGAAAAGAAAAUGACAAAAAAAAAAAAAAACCCCACAAAGACCAAGACAAUGUUCCUUGAUUUUAAAAAAGAAAAAAAAAAAAAAAAAAAAGAAAGAAAGAAAAGAAAAAAAAUUAAAAUAAAUAGACCAUUCCAGAUGGUGAUCUACCCUUCCCCCCAAUUAUCACAAAAGGAGCUAUAAUCACUAACUUAUUAAUAAUGAUUACUGGUACCUUUACAAAUAAUGUACAAUCCAAUGUUAAAAAUUUAUACCACUUCAGUUUGGUUUGAUCCUAUAAAUUUUCAACAGCUGUCUUAAAAUUUAAAAGCAGGCUGAUUAGUUUGGAACCAGACUUCAAGUAGAGCUAACAUUUGGUGAAUAAGAAAACAUCACAUUACAUUUUGGAUGUAUGAAAGAAAACUUGACCAUUUGAAGAUGUAUGAAUAAAGAAAUGUACUAUAGAUACUACUUUAGGAAAACACUGUUUGGUAAGUGUUCCAGUCUGAUAUUUUAAGUGUGCAUUUCCUAUACUUUGUAUAAAAAUCUUUGACAUUUGACACAAUAUUGUGAUUUUUAAGUGGAUUUCUCUGGCAAAUGAACGUGAUCAUUGAAAGUUGAUAAAACAGCAGUUUCAGGAAAUAAAUGCAUUCUUUGUAGAUUGAGGGGGUGGGAGAUUACCUAUUUAUCUUUUAAAAUUCAUCAUUUCAGUUGCAAGUGUUCCUGCCCCUCUUGAGAUUAUAGUGAUUAUAUUAAAUGUCACAUUAAAAAAAAAAAAUCACUUUCUUCCCAUACUGGGAUCCUCACAGUCACAACUGUAAUUCCAAACACCAUAAUCUUCUGUCAGUGGGGUAAAUAAUGGAUGCUUUUCCUCUUUUUUUUUUUUUUUUUUUUUCCUCCCACACUUAGGGUUAAAGUUGUAUAUAUGUUCCUGAUGAUAAUGCUAUUUCAUAGGAAUGUUUGGGCUUGCAGUUGGUACACGUGUUAAUAUUUAAAAUUUCAAAAUCAAUUUCUUUUGUCAAAAUAGUGACUUUACUCAAAAACUUCUUUACUUAGAUCUGUGAUAUAUUUUUAUGUAGUCUCUUGUAUGUUGACUAUGUGCUAUUCUGAUUCAUUAGGUAAGUUUGUUUUCUUUUCUUUUUAGUAGUCGUGAAAGGUGCCAAAUUGGCAGAGGCUCACGUUUCUUCUCUUUACACCAAACAGCAGAGAGAGAUCAUCAUUGCCUGAAUUUAGCUUUGUGACUACAACAGCAAGACCUGUUCCUGUCUGGAGACGACUGUUAAAAUAUCAUCCUAUCAUUUUAUGUUUGCUCUUUAUCAAUUUGAAUAGAUGUUUACAUGUACUAUAAUUGGCAUUUUGUCUCUUCACAGUUCUCUAAUUGGUACAUCCGAGUCCAGAAGUAUGUCUGAGUGUGUGCUUUGUCUGACCUUAUUCUUAAACGUCUUCUCCCCUUACUUUAUAUCCAUUUAUUUUUUAAACACUAAGAAGGAAAAAGACCUUUUGGUUUCCUAAUAUGAGAUAAGUUCAGUCUCAGCCACGUUGAAAAUUGUGUCUAAGAAAUCUAUAAAGCCAUGAUAUUGUGUUCAUUAGCAUGAACAAUUUAGAAUGAAGAAAAUGAUUAAAAAGUUAAGCAUGGGUUUGGUUUUAAUUUUUCUGGGUUUUAGGAUACAUUUCUGGGGUUAAGGUAGUCACUUAAAUGAUUUUGAACAGAUGCUAAAAUACUUUUUUAUACACUAUAAUAACUUGCCUAUUUCUUCUAAAUACACUUACCGAGGUUGUUGCCAAGGCCACUUACCCAAAUAAUAUUUUUAAAAAAUUUCUUAGCUCUUCAAAACCAACAAGGAGAAUAAUUUUCUUUCUUUUCAAGUAAUACAGGAUGAUCUGUGGAUUAUAAAUAUUGAGAAAUUUCUAUUAAAUGUCUGGUUUACACA